CUAACGGUUGUGCAAGGUCACAUCAAUUUCUGUUAAACAUGAAAGGCCAUAGAGAUGAAUCUGGUAUGGUUCUGGAUAUUAGAAACCUCAGCUCUCCAGCCAGGAGUGUUGGCUUGAACCGGUUCACUAAUGAAAGCGUUGAAGCUGCUGCAUCUGUGUCAGGAGGAAAGCUGCAUAAAUGGAUUGCUGGGAGCUUUUGUCUCUUAUGUAUCCUACAGGCUGCUCUCAAUGUUUCCCUGCGUCUGGCUCUGCGUACUUAUGUUACCUGUGAAAAUCGAACUAAUGUAGAAGACAGUUUGAAGAAGAUCAACUUUGCUUUGCAGGAUUCUAUGAAUAAGGAGCGAGAAGAGCAGAAGAGGCAACUCGAUUAUAUUGCUUCACAGCUUAAUUUCCUGACAAAAGAGAGAGAGGAGUUGAAGAGGAAGCUAGAGGACUUUGCUCACUAUGCGCAACAAGGUUGGCUGUAUUUCAACGGCAGUUUCUAUUAUAUUUCUUCAAUCACGAAAACUUGGCAAGACAGUAGAGAUGACUGUUUGCAGAGAGGCGCAGUCUUGGCAAUCAUCAGCAACACAGAAGAACAGGAAUUCAUAAGACUGCAGCAGAAGGUAAUGUGGAUUGGACUGACUGACAGAGAGACAGAAGGAGUUUGGAAAUGGGUGGAUGAGACUCCAUUGACGGCAAGCUUCUGGUACUCUGGGGAGCCCAACAAUUUUAAACACAGAAAUGAAGAUUGUGUAGUAAUAAAUCACUACUAUGAUUAUGAAAACAACUGGAAUGAUGCUGCAUGUGAAAACCUAAACUUUUGGCUCUGUGAAAAAGACAUGUGAAACAUGUGGGUUACAGUUUUGCUUUGUUCCUGCUAAAUAGUUUUAAUAAAAUAUCCUGCAUUAAAAAAGUCUAAAAUGUGAAUGUUCCCCUUUAAGCCCUUUGUGAAACAGUAAAAGUAAAGAUCUGUGUAUUGUUAUAUCUCACUCAAGUGUUCAUACAGGUUAAUCAGGACUUAACAAUUAACAGAUCUUUGGGGCCUACUUUCCAGGCCACUAAAUCUUAACCCAGUUAAAUACCAAGUGCACAGAUUAUAGAGAAGAACUGCUGAUAGCAGGUGUGUGAUUUGUUUUUGACUGCAAAGCCACCCUGGCAAGUACAUAUUCAGUGGACGCAGGAUUGACAUACAGGGGACCCUGGUCCCCCAACUAAAAUACUAUGAAGUAUGUUUAUACAGUGUAGCCAUGUCAAAAACUGUUUUUACAAAUGAACUCAUUCUCGCAGCUGGAAAUACUCUGAUUUAAGCCUUGCAGAAGCCAGAAAACAUAAACUCACUGUAAAUUAAUUUGACAAUUUUCUGCCAUAUUUUUAUGUGGUGCAACUCGGACAUUACAUGGUUAUUAUUAAAAGUUUAAACUUGGGAAUAUAUUUUCCUCGAUGUGGCCUCUAAGAUAAAAUGACUUUGAAACCUCUUGCAUAGAGGAACCAGGGACCAUAACAAAAACUGGCUCAACUAACAAACCAUAACUUAAGAUAGAACUACAGCAAAGCAGGAAGCUAUGUGCUUAAAACUGCAGAUGCUGUCAAAAAUGAAAGAAAGAUAAGGAGGUUCGCUAUAUCCAACAAGGAUGGAUAUACUUCAAACACAGUUUAUAUUACGUUUCAUCUACUGAAUACACCUGGAAUGACAGCAGAGAGGACUGUCUGCAGAGAGGGGCAGACCUGGUGAUUAUCAUCAGCAGAGA